CAGCUGCUUCUGGCUCACAGUCUAGGCAGGGAUUACUUGUGUAAAAUGGCAGCAUAUGCUUGUCUAGCAGAAUAUUCAUGACUUGGGACAUGUCCCUGAUUUGAGGUGAAACCAUGAAGAGGAAAUAGAACACAUAAUAAUGCUUUUCCGCAACCGCUUCUUGCUGCUGCUGGCCCUGGCUGCCCUGCUGGCCUUCGUGAGCCUCAGCCUGCAAUUCUUUCACCUGAUCCCCGUGUCAGCAGCAAAGAAUGGAGUGAACAGCAAGAGUCGAAAGAGAAUCAUGCCCGACCCGGUGACGGAGCCCCCUGUGACAGACCCCAUUUAUGAAGCUCUUUUGUACUGCAACAUCCCCAGCGUGGCCGAGCGCAGCAUGGAAGGCCACGCCCCGCAUCAUUUUAAACUGGUCUCGGUGCAUGUGUUCAUUCGCCACGGGGACAGGUACCCGCUGUAUGUCAUUCCCAAAACAAAACGACCAGAAAUUGACUGCACUCUGGUGGCUAACAGGAAACCGUAUCACCCUAAACUGGAAGCUUUCGUUAGUCACAUGGCAAAAGGAUCCGGAGCCUCUUUCGAAAGCCCCUUAAACUCCCUGCCUCUGUACCCCAAUCACCCGCUGUGUGAGAUGGGAGAGCUCACGCAGACAGGAGUCGUGCAGCAUCUGCAGAACGGCCAGCUGCUGAGAGACAUCUACCUAAAGAAACACAAGCUCCUGCCGAAUGAUUGGUCCACAGACCAGCUUUAUUUAGAGACCACGGGGAAAAGCCGGACCCUGCAGAGCGGGCUGGCCUUGCUCUAUGGCUUUCUCCCAGAUUUUGACUGGAAGAAGAUUUAUUUCAGGCACCAGCCAAGUGCUCUGUUCUGCUCUGGAAGCUGCUACUGCCCAGUGAGAAACCAGUACCUGGAGAAGGAGCAGCGUCGUCAGUACCUCUUGCGUCUGAAAAACAGCCAGCUGGAGAGGACCUACGGGGAGAUGGCCAGGAUCGUGGACGUCCCAACCAAGCAGCUCCGGGCGGCCAACCCCAUAGACUCCAUGCUCUGCCACUUCUGCCAUAACGUCAGCUUCCCUUGCACCAGGAAUGGCUGUGUCGCUAUGGAGCACUUCAAGGUGAUCAAGACACAUCAGAUAGAGGAUGAGAGGGAGAGGCGGGAGAAGAAGCUGUACCUCGGGUACUCACUCCUGGGCGCCCACCCAAUCCUGAACCAGACCGUCGGUCGGAUGCAGCGUGCCACCGAGGGCAGGAAAGAAGAGGUCUUUGCCCUCUACUCUGCUCAUGAUGUCACUCUGUCCCCAGUCCUCAGUGCCUUGGGCCUUUCGGAAGCCAGGUUCCCAAGGUUUGCGGCCAGGCUGAUCUUCGAGCUUUGGCAAGACAGGGAAAAGCCCAGCGAGCAUGCCGUCCGGAUUCUGUACAAUGGUGUCGACGUCACAUUCCACACCUCAUUCUGCCAGGACCACCACAAGCGUUCUCCCAAGCCCAUGUGCCCCCUCGAAAAUUUAGUUCGCUUUGUCAAAAGGGACAUGUUUGUGGCCCUGGGAAGCAGUCGUACAAAUUAUUAUGAUGCAUGUCACAGGGAAGGAUUCUAAAAGGUCCGCAGCACGGCAGUGUAGAAUCUUUGCCAGUACAGAGAGUGGGGAAAGAUCCACUUCUAGUUCUAUCUGUUGCUAAGGGUAUAUGAUGAUUGAUUUUUUUAAAGGCUAAACACUGUGUUUGGGAGCCACGUGGAUGGUUUGGGUGGAACAGCAAGCAUGUUGCUAUAUUCUGGUACAUGAAUUGCUUGGUACAAGAUGGCUAGUUUACAGAGAAAAGAAGGUACGUUAUCAUAGCCAGACUUUGUUUAGAAUGCCAGAAUAAUAUACUUCAGUACCCAAAGUCACCAAGCCAACCUUGUAUUAUUUUGGACUGCCGUGGUACUGUAUGAUGAAACCAGCAAACCUCAGCCCAAAUUUUCUUAAUCUUGGACAGUUUUACCUUGUCCUUGUUCACUUAAGUAUUUUUGGAAGUGAUUUAUCUAAAAGGGGUUGGCAAACUUUUUCCAUAGGGCCAGAUAGUAUUUUAGACUGUAUGGAUCAAAAGUCCACAUACAGUCUCUGUUGCAGCUACUAAACUAAACUCUGCUCUUGGAACACAAAAGUAACCCAGACAAUACACACAUGAAUAAGUGUGCUGUGUUCACAGGCUGGACAAAACAGGUGGGGGCCAGAGUUGGCACCCAAGCUGUAGUGUCAACCCCUAAUCAACGAAAGUUAAUAAAUAGGCUGUAAUACAACUGCACUUCCAGCACUUUGAGAACCAGAUGAAUAUCAUGAAUUAUUCAGUGGUUUAUCCAGUAACUUCUGAUAAAAACACAGAAUUUGGUCUGUAUCUGACACUAUAACAAAACUUGAGGGGAAAUAAAUAUUGAAUCAGAAUGAAUCAUAGAAGAACAAUUAGAAGCAUACUUGAUGUCCAUGAUGAUUGUGGUACGAGAUAGUUUUAAGUAUGUUUUAAAUAUUUGUCUGCUGUAGACUAUUUGCUGUAUAUGCUGAGAGUUUUGUAUUCUAUUUAGUAUUUUUAUAGUCUAGGAAAAUAUUUUCUAAGACCAAUUUUAGAUGUGUUCUUCCUAGAGUAAUAUUCAAUUUACUGCACCUGCUUGGUGGUUAGAAGGAGGCCAGAAGAUGAAUUUAGGUACUUUCUUCCAAGAAAACUAAUGAUGGUUCAUUCCCUUUGACAAGCUAUAUGAUUGGAUCAAUUUUUAAACCCUUUCAUCAGUUUCAAAUGGUAAAUUCAGAUUGAUUUUUCAAUACGUUUUUGGAAGAACUUUGUUACCAGAUAGUUUAAAAAAAUAUUUAUAAGGUGUUUUAUAUGGUAGAAGCAAUUGUAAUUAAAUCUGUGAUUUCUGAAUUAAUGGUGCUAAUUCCACUCAAAGAAAAAUGUAAAGUGCAAGUGGGAUUCUCUGGUGUCAUUGGCAUUCCAGCUUUUUCUCUGUGUUUGUCCAGUGUUGCAUUUGAACAUGUUUCUAUAAAUAAAUUUUUGAAGAAUACUUAUACAA